AUGUCGUCCAUCGUCACCACCGCCGCGAAGAUUUGCUGCUCGGCUGCUGCCAGCAGCACGGCCGGCGCCCGCCGGCUGCACGGCGCGGUCAGCCUGGCUGCGGGCGUGCCGCGUGCUCUCGCGGCGGCCUCGUCGCCCGCGGCGAGCGCCUUCUCCGGCCGUACGACCCCCAGCCGCUCGCUCAAGAGGACCGCUACCACCGCCGCUGCCGGCAACGGCCUCACCAUCGACCUCCGCGGGAAGCGCGCGUUCAUCGCGGGCGUCGCGGACGACCAGGGCUUCGGCUGGGCCAUCGCGAAGUGCCUCGCGGAGGCCGGUUGCGAGAUCAUCCUCGGCGUCUGGGUGCCCGCGCUCAACAUCUUCGAGACGUCGUUGCGUCGCGGCAAGUUUGAUGAGUCCCGCAAGCUCUCCGACGGCUCCCUGAUGGAGUUCGCCGCGAUCUACCCCAUGGACGCCGUCUACGACACCCCCGCCGACGUCCCGGAGGAGGUCGCGACGAACAAGCGCUACGCGGCGGCGAAGGACGGGUUCACGAUCGAGGACACGGCGCGCAAGGUGAAGGAGGAGUUUGGUACGAUCGACGUGCUGGUGCACUCUCUGGCGAACGGGCCCGAGGUGAAGAACCCGCUCCUGGAGACGUCGCGCAGCGGCUACCUGGCCGCGAUCUCGGCGUCGUCGUACUCGAUGGUGGCGAUGGUGCAGAAGUUCGCCCCGCUGAUGAACCCCGGGGGGAGUGUCAUCAGCCUGACGUACCUGGCCUCGGAGCGCAUCAUCCCCGGGUACGGCGGCGGCAUGUCGUCCGCGAAGGCCGCGCUGGAGUCCGACACCAAGGUCCUGGCGUACGAGGCGGGCCGGAAGUACAAGGUUCGCGUCAACACCAUCAGUGCGGGGCCGCUGGGCAGCCGCGCGGCCAAGGCCAUCGGGUUCAUCGACGACAUGAUCAAGUACUCUUACGCCAACGCGCCGAUCGAGAAGGAGCUGAGCGCGACGGAGGUCGGCCAGUGCGCGGCCUUCCUGCUGAGCCCGCUGGCCAGCGCGGUGACCGGCCACGUGAUGUACGUCGACAACGGCCUGAACGCCAUGGGACUCGCGAUGGACUCCCAGGCGCUCGUGCGGGAGGAGGAGUAG